GAUAUUCAACCGGUUGGAAACAUAUCCACGCUAUCAUUGAAACGUUAUUAGGAAGCGUUUCUUUAAGCUUAGUUGGUUAGCUGAAAUGGCAGACGAUUUGUUGCAGUGGUGUUUGGGCCAGUUACAGCACAAGUUUGGUCUGGAGGCAUCUGAAGACAUCGUCAAAUACAUUAUAUCCAUCGAAAAAGCGGAAGAGAUUGAGGAGUACGUGGGUGACCUUCUCCAGGGCACAGAUGGGAGGAAAGGUCAGUUUAUUGAAGAGUUCCUCUGCAGGUGGAAGAAGACUCAAAGACAGGCCGGAGAUGCGGCUGGUCUUUUCAUCCUCAAAGAGUCAGUGACUGCAACAGACUCCCAAGAUAUAACCAAAGAUUCCCAGAGGAAGUCUAAACGUAAAGGUCGGAACAAACAAGAGUUGUUGACUGUGAGUCAAACGGACCUUGAGCCAGAGGCAGUCAAAACCCCCAUUGAUCUGAUGAGGGUUCAAGAAAGUGGUAGUACUUCUUCAACAAAGAAGAAAAGUAAGUUCACAAACCUUUAUGCUAAAGAGGGCCAGGACAAGCUGACGGUUAUACUACCUGGUCGACACAGCUGUGACUGCCUUGCUCAGAAGCAUAGACUCAUCAACAACUGCAUCAGCUGUGGUCGCAUUGUAUGCGAGCAAGAGGGAUCUGGACCUUGUCUCUUCUGUGGUAAACUGGUGUGCACCAAAGAAGAACAGGAGAUUCUGCUAAGAGACUCAAACAAAAGCCAGAAACUCAGAAAGAAGCUGAUGGGAGAUGGUGGUGAAAGAGAUUACCUGGGACAUCAAGAAGCCAAGAUGAAGGCUGGCUUGCAGAAGGCUGUCCAGCACAAAGACAAAUUGCUGGAAUAUGACCGAACUAGUGUCAAGAGAACUCAGGUACUUGAUGAUGAGUCUGAUUACUUUGCCACUGAAUCUAACAAGUGGUUGUCAACUGCUGAGCGUGACAAGCUAAGGAAAAAGGAAGAGGAGCUGCGAGAACUUCGUUAUGCAUCUCGCAAAGAUCGGAAAAUCACAUUGGACUUUGCUGGUAGGCAAGUCCUUGAUGAGGGAAACAACCUGAACGAGUACUACAACAAAUUAGAAGAGACCCUCCAGGCAAUGAACAUUGACUCUGCGGCAAAGUCCCCAUUGUAUAAAAGACAAGGUGGACAACAGAACCUCAGAGAGCUGAUCAACCCUAACAUAAAGCAGAGUGCACCAGAAUGGGUAGAUGUUGGCAACAGUGAAAACAACAAAAGGAACAUGGAGAAAGGACAGAGUGUGGCACAAGCUAGUAAGGGAGGAAAGCGGGCCAAGUUGCGUCUCCAAGACAAAGAGCUGCAGGAGAUGUCUGACGGUGGCUGGUGUCUCAGCAUGCACCAGCCAUGGGCAUCACUACUGGUCAAAGGCAUCAAGAGAGUUGAGGGCCGAACUUGGUACACAUCCCACCGCGGGCGUCUUUGGAUUGCUGCCGCAGCCAAGAAGCCCUCCCCUCGGGAGAUUGCUGAGGUGGAGGCCAUGUACUCUUCCAUCUACAAAAAAGAGCCCAGAUUUCCUUCUGACUAUCCCACUGGUUGCCUGUUGGGCUGUGUCAACGUCACUGAUUGCCUUUCUCAGGAACAGUUCAGAGAGCAGUUCCCUAAUACAUGCGAGGAGUCUGCUUCCCCAUUUGUCUUCAUCUGCAGUUACCCCCAGGAGCUGCUGGUGAAAUUCCCAAUGAAAGGGAAGCACAAGAUCUGGAAACUGGAGAGUCAGUACCAUCAGGGUGCCAAGAAGGGGCUGGUCGCUUCGGCCACAGAGUGACGUCUCAACAAGCGGAAGGAGGGAGAAGAAACCGACAUGUGGGCCACAAUCCACUCGUCUGUCUCACAUACACAUUCACAAGAACAGCGGUGUGUUUACAUUGCCAGUAAAGCUCCAAAUCCUUCGAACAGCUUUUAUUUUCAUACGUGCAAAUGUGGUGGGAACAUUGCACAUUCUACUCUGAAUCAAAACAACAAAAAUGUGAUUAUUCCUCUACAUCAAGUGAAUAAAACAGAAUUUUAAAC